UUUGAUUUUGAUGAUCACUUCCAAUUGCGGCAGAGAACUGCUGAAACUCGCAGCAUCAGGCAAGGCGCGCUUCAUCUGGGCAAAGUGGCAAACUCGGCGAGGUUUCGAUGUCAGUACCCCGAUUUGCUGCUAAAACAUUAUGCCCGGUGGAAAAGCCGGGUCCGCGCCUUUAAAGUGCAAUCCGGCCCCAAUUCCCAGUGCUCUCUCCGAAGAGAUGGAUCAAUCAGAUACUUGCGAUCCUUACAGGUGCCCAGCUCGCCGGACGCAGUGGAUAGUCAGCGCCCUGGCUUAUCACUACGGACUGGACCGAGGGGUGGAAAACGAGAUCAUUGUGCUGGCCACGGGUCUGGACCAGUACCUGCAGGAAAUCUUCCAUCACUUGGAUUACGAAGGAGAGGGCAAGAUCCCGGGAGAGGAUUUCCAAACCCUGUGCGAGAUCCUGGGGCUGGACAACAACACGGAAGCCGAAGAGUGCGCGGGCAUCCUGGAGCAGGUGCCGACGGAGCUGAACUUCAGGCAGUUCCACGCCAAGUUGUGCGGUCACUUCAGCACUAAAGCCGGCUGCCAGUACGAGACGGGGCGGCUGCUGGUCGGGAAGGACAGCGAGCACAUCGAGACGCAGAUCCGCCUGAGAAGCCCUCUGCGACGAAGGAAGAAGGCGACAGGCACGGCGUCCUCGGGAUCUCCCAGGAGAGAGAAGCGCAACACAGCAUCCUCGCUGGACAGGCAGCGAGGUGUCCCGUCCUGGGAACGGCACGGUGCUUGCACCAAGGAAUGCUACGAGGACAUCGUAGCCCUGGAAGCAGCUGAAGACAAGAUCGCAAAGCUGGAGCAGGAGAACGAAAGCCUGAGGGAACUCGUGGAGGACAUGAGAGCCGCCUUGCAGAGCAGCGAUGCCCGAUCCCUCGCACUCCAAGUGGGACUGUGGAAGAGUCACGCCAACCACGAGUCGCAGAACUGCUUCCUAGCCUGGACCAGAUCGGCCACUUGUCGAUAUCUCCGUGGCCACGCCGGUCCCAAGAACGGACUGCAGAGCGUCUUGAAGGAAAUCGAGCUGAUCCGCAUCUCCAGGGACGGGCAGAUCGAAGAGGCGAUCAGGUUCAACCGGGAGAUGGAGAGGGAGCUGAGCAGAUCGCAGGACGCUCUGCUGAAACUGGAGGGGUGCAACGACCACCUGAAGAAGGAGCAACUGCAGAUGAGGAAGCGGGUGGAAGAAGCGCGCCAGGCAUUGCUGGGAAGCCUGGAGAAGGUGAAAGAACUGGAAACUAGAGCUAAACAAGUUCCUCUCUUACAGAGGAACAUCGUACAACUGGAAUCGGAACUGCAAUACUACAGGACAGAGGUAAUGAAGUUUCAAUUCCAACAUUCAAACCCUCCAGAGGGGAGGCCUCCUCCUGCACUGUAUGAGUGGAAGGGAUGCCUACCAGUGCAUCAGGAACGCAGAUCUCCAACAGGCGACAUUGAAACAUCAGCUUAUAACAUUGAAGAACAGAUGUUCCGCUCGGUGGAAGGACAAGCUGCCUCAGAUGAGGAGGAUGAGAAGUGGACUGAAGAUCAGAAGACCCAGGUGAAAGAACUGAAGAAACUUUUGAACCGGCUCUGUUGCUGUGGGAAUGGCUGUGAUGAUAAAACUGUAAGAAAGCUACUCUCAGAGUUUGGGAACAUACGGUGUGAAGAGAGCAACAAUGCUGUUUGGGAACUGGUUGAAAAAGUGGCAAAGUUAAAGGAACAGCUGGAGUUGAAGGAGUACGAAACCCAGCGAAUGGAGACCGACAUUGAUCAGCUGAAGGGGUCACUGCUGUGUGAACUACAGCGUAAAGUGGAUGAGACUGAACUGCUGCAGAUGGAGCUGCAGAUGUUAGAAACUGAGCGAGUACGUCUAUCAUUGAUUGAAGAAAAACUGAUGGAUGUACUGCAGCUCCUGCAGCAAUUACGUGACCUUAAUGUGUCGAGGAGAUCGUUGGGAAAAAUCUUGCUCAGCACUCUGGAAUCCUGCAGUGAUCCUCAGCAUGGAAAGACUCACAUUCUGGAGGUACUGAAUGCCUUGUAUCAUGAACUUACUGCUUGUGAGCUUCUAUCCAGCAAGUCUUUGGAAAAGGCUCAGAGUCACCAGUCCCUGGGAAAUCCACUGCUCAUCUCCUGUUGAGGAUCUGCAAGCUGGCUUUGCCGAUUUGUUCAAAGAGCACUUCAAACGUUUCCCAGAAACCUACAACUCCUGUAUCCCAAGCAAGUUUGUAAAAAAAAAAAAAUGUUUUACGCACCUUACUUAACACAAUGUUAAACUUGUCGGCCAGGUUAACUUGCUUUACUGGAUGGAAGGCUAAAUCAUAUCAUUACGGCUCCUACUUAUUAGUCUUUACAACUUGAGGAAGAGAAUGCUAGGGAACUGUCCAAUAAAGAAUGCUUAACAAAUGAGUCCAAAAGAAAUAGUUGUGUCUUUUAGAAGUACUAAAUGAAUAGCCAAAAUAUUAGAUUAUCAUUAAAAUGUAAGUUCUAACAAGAAAACAUACAUUGGCUCAAAAAUCAUAAACAGGAAAUAUAUAUUUUUUUUAAAGAUAAAAUCACAAAAAGUGACAGAUUUAACUCCUACUGAGUGUAUGAAAUGUUUAUUGGGUCAGGCCUUCUGACAUAAAUAGCAGAAGUGAUGAAUACAGAUAGCUGAACAGCUCAAAUGGGAAAUUAAAUGCCAUAGUUAUGAUCCAGACAUAAUGGCAAAUGCCAGUGAACACUAAGGGAGAAUUUUUUAACCAUCGUACUGCUGCUACUAUAAAUAUUAUUGCAGCAAUAAAUAUAUAUGUAUUUAUUCCAUUGCCACAUUAUACACAAAACGUAUCUGAUAACUUUAGAGGACAGUUCUAAAGCCGCAGUAUUGAAAUUUACAUUCAUAAGCAGCCAGCUAUAACAUUUGUAAUUUCUAUGCUGAAUUAAGUAAACUUAGCCUCGUAGAGCCACUUAUAAGUGAGACAGAUAUUUCCAUUAGUCCUGGUAACCAAACAAAAGUUAGAUCAAUUGGCAUUGUGUCAUUAAAAUGUGGUCUGUGGAACUGAAGCCAAUCAGCAAGUCUGUACCGAUGACUCUGACACUGUCGCCAGGAACCUUUCAAAUAAAAAACUGAAGGGAGCUUGUGAUUGAUGAUGGGAAUAACCCUGCAGCAAGGCAUAGUCAUAGUCUCCAGCUGCAGAUUGUGGAGUUAUUGGGCAAACUCCCAUGCAAUAUUCUUUUGGUUACAAGCUGACAACUGUAGUACAUUGUCCUACUUGUAUCUAAAGUUUGUGGGUGCUUGGUUUCAGUUGCAGUUUCAACCCCUAACAUACGACCAUAAGACAUAGGAGCAGAAGUAGGCCAUUCUGCCCAUCGAGUCUGCUCCACCAUUCCAUCAGGGUUGAUCCUGGAGCGCCAUACACCUGCCUUCUCGCCAUAGCUUCCGAUGCCCUGACUGAUCAGGAAAAGAUCAAUUUCCGCCUUAAAUAUACACACGGACUUGGCCUCCACCACAGUUUUUGGCAGAGCAUUCCACAGAUUUACUACUCCCUGACUUUAAAAAAAAAUUCCUGCUUACUUCUGUUCUAAAAAGUCACCUCCCAAUUUAGAGGCGGUGCCCUCUAGUUCUGGAUACCCCCACCAUUCCCUCCACAUCCAUUCUGUCUAGUCCUUUCAGCAUUCAAUAUAUUUCAAUGAGAUCCCCAUGCAUUUUUCUAAAUUCCAGUGAGCACAGGCCCAAAGCUGCUGAAUGCACCUCAUAUGUUAACCCUUUCAUUCCUGGAAUCAUCCGUGUGAACGUCCUCUGUACUCUCUCAAAUCCUUUGAGUUAUGGGGCCCAAAGCUGUUGACAAUACUCCAAGUGCCACCUGACAUGGGCCAGUGAUUGUUCCAUUAGGCUGCUGAAGUAGAAACUGUGCCAUGAAGAUUCACUGACAUUCCCUGAACUUGGGCCGGUAUGUUUCACUGUGUUCUCUCAGAAGUUGUGUGUAGGUAUCUGGAAUAAAGAUCGUCAUGUGAGAAGGAAGUGUUUUGUGAAAUAAUAGAUGGUCCUUGACUGAAAGCAUGAACAAGGUUUGGGAAUGUUGAAGUUAGUAGACUGUAUGUGCAAAAUGGCAGAUACUCUGUAUGCAUUUCCAACCCCAAAAUGCACACCCAAAACAAAACCAUUUUUACUUUGGAAAGAGAGAGAGCAGCUGCACAAUUUGCCAUGUACUUCAAGAGUAAGGCAAACUGUAUUUUCCUUUAUUUUACUAUAUGUGUGACCCACUUUAUAAAAACAAAAAUAAAGUAAUUUUUUUACUAUUGUGUUAGAUUAUUUGCUAGUCAAAGGCUGCUUGGGCAGAUUGAUAGCUGUAACCACCCAGCACAAAAGCUCUCAAAUUGAUACAUCAUAAGUUUGCAAAACCUCAAUUCUGUUCUUGUACGCAAGAUGGGAUCAGACUGAUCUUAUUGAAUGACAGAGCAGGACUGAGUGAAUUAAUCCUGUUUCUGUUUCACAAGUUCACUGGCAAUUUUAUUCAAUUCAGGCAAUUUUAUGAAAGAUACCACAGUCAAGAUUUGUGUCUUUACCCUGUAAAUUCAAAACGACGUCAAUGGCAUUAAAUGGAACAAAAUUUAAAAUAAAAUAGCAGCUUUUCCAAACUUGAGUGGUU